AUGGGACAUCAACAUGUGGAUGCACGUCUAAAUGGCGGCGCAACCACUCGCCAGACUCGGUCGCAGUCGAAACUCCCCACGCCUAAACCCUCAACUACUCCCCCUUCAAUGCGCCCCAUGCCCGCCAAAAAAACAGUUGUUUACCAUGAAUUGGAUUUCAGCCAGGCUCGCCAGAGUGAUGCCACCGUGCGCAAUGACAAUCCUCCUCGAGAAGACACACAUCAAACCAACAAAUCAGAGCCAGUUGAUUCCAGAAAGCUGGCUAAGGCUCUUGGUGAUUUUGAGCAAUCGCAGGCUGUGACAUCAUCGCUCCGAAAGAGGCAGCGUGUUUAUGCUGAUCGUUUUAUUCCAAACCGUGGCGACGGACAGGAUAUGACGGCCACAUUUAACAUGCUCCCGGAAGAUGCAUCUCCGUCGACUCCUACCCGUAGUAAGAAACGGCCGACUCACGGAGAGUUGAACUUUCAGAAGACCGAGCGAGCCAAUCGGGACUUCUCACAACUUUUGCGCAUGGAAAUGUUCGAUACACAAAUUCCUCAACCUGAGAUGAAUUCUACCUCCCCGGAUACAGUCCUUCAUAUCGACGAAGGUCGAUCGCACACGCCGCCUGCGCACCUCCAAACGUCUAAUCUCACACCCUCUACUCCCAGCAAGAACCUUUUCAAUUACAGCACACCUCCCACCUUGACUCCUUUUCGCACUCCUCGGAGCCAGCACACGGUCAAUUUCAAUGCCCGCUCUGACGUUUACAGCAUCUCACCUAUUCGAUAUGACAGUCAGAGAUUGCUUGAAAUGGGUCAAAAAAAGCCUCGCAGCAUUCCGAGGACCCCCUCCAAGGUUCUUGACGCUCCCGAGCUUCAGGAUGACUUUUAUCUGAAUCUAGUUGAUUGGAGUAGCACUAACGUGCUUGGUGUAGGACUAGCAAACUCGGUUUACAUGUGGAACGCUGAUCAAGGACGUGUGACGAAGCUUUGCGAGCUCAAAGAUGAUACCGUGACCAGCGUUAACUGGAUCCAGAGGGGUACACAUCUUGCAAUUGGCACACACAAAGGCCUAGUCCAGAUUUGGGAUGUAGAAAGCUGUCGUCGACUCCGAACCAUGCUUGGGCACACAAACCGUGUUGGGGCUCUGGCUUGGAAUGAUCAUAUUCUAACAUCGGGUUCUCGGGAUCGAAUCAUAUUUCACCGGGAUGUUCGCUCGCCGGACCAGUAUGUGCGCAGACUGUCGGGUCACAAGCAGGAAAUCUGUGGCUUGAAGUGGAAUUCAAAGGAUGGACAACUUGCGUCCGGUGGAAAUGACAACAUGCUCAUGGUGUGGGAUAAACUUAAUGAAACCCCCGUUCAUCGUUUUUCUGAACAUACGGCGGCCGUGAAGGCUAUUGCCUGGUCCCCCCACGCUAGCCAUUUGCUUGCUUCGGGUGGAGGUACGGCGGAUCGGACUAUCAAGUUUUGGAACACUUCCACAGGCGCCUUCAUCAAAGAAGUGGAUACAGGAAGCCAGGUUUGCAACCUGAGCUGGUCAACAGUUCAGGAUGAGCUCGUCAGCACACACGGGUAUUCCCAAAACCAGAUCAUGAUCUGGAAAUACCCCAAGUUGGAGCAAAUCGCCUGUUUGACUGGGCACACAUUUAGGGUCCUCUAUCUGGCCAUGAGCCCUGACGGUCAGACUGUUGUGACAGGUGCAGGCGAUGAGACCCUCAGAUUUUGGAAAAUCUUCGAGCGCCCACCCCCCGCCCAGGGCCACGAUGACAGCAAGCUCGUCGAAUUCCUUCGCUAA